UUUCCACGACGACCACGACUCGAGCGUGGGAAAGCUGCAAAACGAGUCGAACAAUCGCUCCGCCGCCGCGCCUCCGCCGUCCGCCACCGGCGACGGCUGCGAUACAGGAGGCUCCGGCAGAAAAGCCGACGUGUCGAGCGUCGGCAAGCCACCGUCCAGAUCCACCACUCCGCCGAUCCGGUCCUCCCCGAGCGCCGGAGCCAGAUCCACCGCCCCGCCCAACCCGAGCUUCACGCCGUGUUCGUUUGUGACUCAAACUUUGCCUAUGAGGAAGAUCCCAGAGGCAGAAACUCAUGUUCUUGCCGAGUUUUCCCCUUUUCACCUGAUCUCUUCCUUUGCUAAAUUUGGAUAUGUUAUACCUUUUUUGUCUAGUUGGUUUCCUUUGCUAAAUUUGGAUACGUUUUGUUUGUCAUUAUGUGUUUUUAUUUAAUCUAAAAGUCAGAUUUAUGUGUUUCACAUAUUUUAUUUGAGCGAUAAAAUCCAGAGUUAGUUUAUAGUGAAAUUAAUGCAAAAUUGGUUCAUGUUCUCUAUCCUCUC